GUGUGCAUGGUCAUAUAAACCUUCAAACCGGUCUGUUACCUGUUCUUUGUUAACAGGCAUACAACCCGACCAUACAGCCAUGCGUUUCCUGAUUUUCAUCACCCUCUCUGCCCUGGCCUUGGUUGCCUUGUGUCACGCUCAGUGCUUCUUCAAGCAGCUGGAAAUCACAGACAUCAAUAACCCGCCCAAGGGUUGCAAAGACGAUGAUGGUGUGAUGCGGAAGUUCGGCGAGUCAUGGGUGAAGGACUGCUAUAAGUGCUCUUGCUCUGACGAGGGAAUCAGCUGCUGCAACAUGAUUGGUGGUGUCGUGGUGGCCCCCCCAGAAUGUGAGGUUGUUAUCGACAAUAAACAGUGCACCAUGAAACUGGUGAUGAAGGCAGAUAAAACUAAAGAAUGUGAUAUUAACUAUUAACUAAAUUGACCCUAACUGCAUUUCCAACUGAUAACACUGGAGGGCACAUUAUACCAUUUCUGUGCAAGACAGCCUACUAUUGGUUCUCUUCUAGUUAAUAAGAAAACUCAAUAAA